AUGAGCGCACCACAGAGAAAAUCCUUGAGAAUUAUGGCAGCUCAGGAGGCUGCGACUCUCAAGAGAUAUCGCAGAUCUCCGUCUAUGGAACCAAAUGAGGAACACCGGUCAAAUGACAGUGACGUGCCUCUAAUCGAACACCAUCGCCAGGCUAGAGAACGUGAGUCUGCCGAUAGCGACGUGCUUCUGAUUAAACGCCAUCGUCAAAAUGAGGAACAUGAGUCUAGUAACAGCGAUAUCUCUCCUCCAAUUCCUAAAAAGCGUCGCCUGUGUCGUUCAAAUACCCCUGCGAUGCCAGCAGAGAAUUCAAGCAGCACAAAAGAGUUGGCUAGUCGUCAAAGCAAUGAUACAAAGAGCAACUACGACGACGACAAGAAAAUCCAAAAGGAAGAAAACCCAGAAGGUGGCCAUGUCCCAGCGUAA